AUGUCCCAGAUGUUACACAGCGCAAGUCUCGUUUAUCCGGGUUUCUGCAGAUGCCUGAUUACGGCUGGAAUGACUGCGCUUGAUAAGCGCGGUAGUUAUGCUUAUGCCGUGGAUGAAAGGUAUAGAGUUUCCCUCGCGGAUGAGGUGGGUCUGGCGCUUAAAGUGAAGACGAUAGGGCUGUUUUCUAUCACAGAUUUGAGCGACGAACGGAAACUGGAGUUGGCCAGUGAUGUCCUCUUUGUAGCUGCGGAUGCGCUUGGAAAUUUCUUUGCUGUAACCCGAGUAUUCUUACUAUGGGACAAGAAUCAGCGGAAACUUUUCUACCUUAUGUUGGGCGCUCUAAUGACAGCGGGCUGCAAUUCAGCAUUUCUAGUAUAUUUUUACAAGACUAUCGCCAAUCGCCAACGGUGGAUAUCCUUGCCAGGAGUACACUCCAGCUUUGGUCGUUCAAAACGUCCUGGACAUACCAAGAACGCACAACUCCCAGAUACUUACGGUUCUUCGCAGACAGGGUCUAGGAUUCUUGGUGGUAAGAAAGUUCUGUAUCUGUGCGAGGUUAAACUGACUGGGAUUCCGCAGACUACACUAGUAUUGCGCCUGAUAAACAUUGUUCUCGGUGUUGUAUCUGCGUUCCCGACGCAAGAGCAACAUGGACGAAACUGGGGAAACAUCCGAGGUGGUAUCGCUGUGUCAGAGUAA